AUGGGCGACGACACUGGGUGGAUGCUCGGGUUUGACUACACGAUCUGGUCCGAGAGCAAGGAGUUCACGGUCGGUGACGUGCUAGAAGUGAGCGGCCUGGACUUCAAGGCCUGUAGGAACAGCAGGGGCACCGUUGCUUGGACCUCCGGCGCCGACCAGGUCCACCUCCGCGAUGCAGAGAGGAGGUGGUUUAUUUCCACCAUGGGGAACCACUGCAAGAUGGUCAUGAAGCUCCACGACACCAUGCUUAUGGUAUCAUUAUUAGCGCUCAAUGUCUUUGAGAAGGCCAAAUCAUUAGCGCUCCCUGUCCUGGUUGUGAGGCUAAGGUUGCAUGUCAUCGUGGCUGCACCGCACAAUGACACACGCAUGGUCCAAGCCAUUGCGUGCCUCCGUGCCGCUGGGCAUGCGCACUGCCCCAUGCGGCAGCUCCAGCCAUCGCAUGUGCUCCUCCAGACAAGCGCGCUGGCCAUGUACACCGUUGAAGGUAGAUAG